CACACUCGCUAUAAUUUCAUGAGUAGGUGAUGAUGAUAAUAUGGUUGUGCAUAAAUGUACUUCACUUCUCCACUUUCUCGCCAGCAAUUCUUCCUCUAUUGGGAGACCUGUUGUAAGAUUUCUUGGUUAUUCACUUUAUUCUACUGCUAAUCAAGUUGGCAAAGUAAAACUAGCUCAGGACCUAGCCGGUUUGGUUCAAGAAUCUUUGAACCUGGAGGAGAAAAAUUCUCAAGUAUCUAAGAAAUUUGUGUCCACGGUUGAGAAAUCAAUAAAUGUUAAGGUCAGUGAGGAUAAGAAAAACGGAGUGUCGUUGGCACAGAACUUAGCCAACUUGGUGGAAGAGUCUUAUAAUCUUGAUGAGACUAAACCUUUGAGUCGGGUGGAACAUAAAAGACUACUUGAACUACGCAUAAAAAAAAGAGUUAAGGAACAUCAUGUAAAUGGAAAGUUUCGGAACCUCAUAAAGGAAGUGGUUGCCAAUCCAAAAACACUCCGUGAUGCUUUUGAUUGUAUUCGAUUGAGUUCUAAUGUUGAUCUAGCGUCGGAAGAUGGUGAGAAUUUGCCUUUUGAAGCCAUGGCUGAAGAGCUUUAUUGUGGGUAUUUUGAUGUAAGUGCUAACACAUAUUCGAUCUCAACAAGGGGCCGAAAGAAAGAAGUCCUCGUCUUUCCAAAUGUUAAACUCAAAGUUGUUGAGGAAGCAAUCAGAAUAGUAUUAGAAGUUGUCUAUCGACCUCACUUUUCUAAGAUAUCACAUGGUUGUCGCAGCGGAAGGAGCCAUUUAUCUGCUCUUAAGUACGUUCGCAAAGAUAUAGUUAAUCCGAAUUGGUGGUUCACUUUGCCAGUUUGCAAAAAGCUCGACAAUCAAAUCCUAGCUAAGCUCUUCUCAACUAUGCAAGACAAGAUAGAUGAUCCUUUCCUAUAUUCUAUAAUAUGUAGUAUGUCUAACACUGGGGUAUUGAAUUUAGAAUUCGGGGGUUUUCCAAAAGGACAUGGUCUCCCACAAGAAGGAACAUUGGCUCCAAUUUUAAUGAACAUAUAUCUUGACCUCUUUGACCGUGAAAUGUACAGGCUUUCAAUGAGAUACGAAGCUAUUGAUAAAGGUUCAAGCACUGAAAAAAGUGGGCCCCACUCUGUGCUACGCAGUUGGUUUAGGAAACAGAUAUCUGGUAAUGGUUCUCAAGAAUGCCAUGAUGAAAUUAGGGUACAUUGUUGCCGCUUCAUGGAUGAGAUCCUUAUUGCCAUCUCGGGUCCCAAAGAAGUGGCUGUUGCUAUCAAGUCUGAAACUGAAAAUUACUUUAAGAAUUCUCUUCAUUUAGAAUUUGAAAAUGAAACCGAUGUUUUUCCAUGCGAUGGACCUACUGGAAUUCGCUUCUUGGGUAGUGUGGUUAAAAGAAGCCUGAAAGAGAGUCCAGCUAUAAAGGCUGUUCACAAAUUGAAGGAAAAGGUAAAAUUAUUUGCUUCGCAGAAGGAGCACUCGUGGGACACCGGGACAGCAAGAAUUGGCAAGAAAUGGUUGGGUCAUGGGCUGAAGAAGGUAAAAGAAUCAGAGAUUAAGCAUCUCUCUGAUGGUAGCUCCCUUUUGAGCCAAAUUUCGUGUUUUAGAAAAGAUGGGAUGGAAACGGAUCAUUGGUACAAAGUCUUACUAAAAGUUUGGAUGCAAAAUAAAAAUGUUAAAUACGAAACUAAUGAGGAUAUUAUCUUAUCUAAGCAUAUUGUCGAACCAGCUCUGCCUCAAGAUCUAAGAGAUUCGUACUAUGAGUUCCAGAAGCGUGUUCAGGAAUAUAUAACUUCUGAGACAGCUUCGACUCUUGCACUGUUGCCAAACUCCAACUCUUCGUCAUUAGUGACGCAGAUCAUAGCUCCAAUCAGCAUCAUAAAGAAGCGACUUUUUCGAUAUGGAUUGACAAAUUCCGAAGGAUAUCCCCGGCCAUGUCAUCUGCUAGUCUUUUGGGAUGACAAUGAAAUAGUUGACUGGUAUGCAGGUUUAAUCUGCCGAUGGCUGAGAUGGUACACUGAGUGUGACAACUUUAAUGAGGUAAAACUCAUUAUUUGCAAUCAAGUAAGGUUGUCUUGCAUCAGAACUCUCGCAAUGAAGUAUAGGAUAUAUGAGACUGAGAUAGAGAAGAAGUUUGAUUUUGAAUUACGUAGAAUGCCUGCAACUGAAGAUAUGGAGCUUGACAUAAUAACCAAUGAAACAACAAAUCCCGAAGGUGUUGAUAAUGAUGCCUUAAUGUAUGGAAUAACAUACAGUGGAAUAUGUUUAUUCUCUUUAGCAAGAAUGGUGAGUCAGUCACGUCCUUGUAAUUGCUUCGUUAUAGGAUGCUCAGCUGCAGCUCCUCGUGUGUACACUCUUCACGUGAUGGAAAGACAAAGAUUCCCUGGUUGGAAGACUGGAUUUUCUAGCUGUAUCCAUCCCAGUUUACGUAGAAGGCGACUUGGGUUGUGUAAACAUCAUCUGAAGGAUCUACUUCUCGGUAACAUUUCGCUUGAAUCUAUUAAUUUCGGUGCUUGGAAAGGAGACAACCUCCCUUGAUGUAAAGUGGCAAAUCUUCUGUCGCGUGACUGCUCAAUAGUUGGAGGAGUAGAUGGAUUGGAGAAGACAGAAAGACGGAGAAACCAUGUAAUCUUUUUGAAGUAAUCCAUCAUUAUUACGGGAGUCUUUAAUGUUAUGACUUCAGAAAUGUCCAAAUCACGAUCUUCAAAUUUGGCUAUGGCAAAGCAUGCUAAAACCUCAAAGUUCCAUGAAAGUUGUAUGCUGUUCUGAUACUGAAAAACACAGUUCAAAGAAACUACUGUGAAGGUAAAUUUAAUUGUACCUACACCCUGAAUGCUGAACGAAGUCUAUAUUCCUGCUAUCA